AUGCCGUCCAGCGCAAAGGAAGAUCGGAUCGCUCAGCUCCUGGCCAAGGCCGAUGAGGACGCCAAGCAGGGCAAUCUCCAGGAUGCCUUCAAGGCGCUGAAAGAAGCCUCCCAUCUCGACUCGGAGAACCAGAAAGUUCGAGAUGCGCUGGUGGCGCUGCAGAAGAGAGAGCAGACGGGAGAUGCUCUCCAAUUGCUGCGUAGCUAUCUAGCAUCCGGCCCGGAGCUGGAUGGCGAGAAAGCAGUUCAGGCAUUAAGACAGAAGGAGCUUCCACAGGAUGAGGCGAAACAGGCUCUUGAGCUCCUCCUCACUGCCACUGGAGACAAAGAGCUACUGGACUCGCUGACCGGCGCACUCCUGUGGAAGAGUACCGCCGCGAGGAAAGAUGUUGCGGCAAGAUUCAAAGAGCCAGUGACGGAGCUCUUCACCCUGCUCUUCGAACGGGGCGAGGAGAGCCUCAAGGCAUUUUCCAGCAUCUCUCUGGAUGGCGGUCUAUGGGAGUCGAAAGAAGCGCAGAAAAGGGCGCAAAACGAUGUCUUCCGGCUGUGCAUAGCAAAGCUCAUGGAUGUCGACAUCGAUCGACCAGAACGGCUCAUGCAGGCUGUUGCACGACAGCUGGCCGUUGCGCCUGAGGAUGUGAAGGACGUUAUUGACGAAGAUGUCUUCGAGGUGGUUCUCAACUCGUUGGACAUUCGUCUCCAAGCCAAGCUUCGUAGCCAAGCCAUGCUGGCAACGUCAAAGAUCCUGGAGGUCACCGGCGAGCCGGGAGGAACUAUGUUUGGGCAGUAUCUUGCGAAUAAGGUCGCAAAACAAACAAACGAUGACCUGAUUGACGCCUUUUCAGCUGCUUCAGCGGUCUUUCCGAUGCUUCCAGCCGUGGCCGCCAGUCUCUUCAUGACGGACGGCUUCGUGCAACAGCUUGUGCCCAAUCUCGAGAGGAAUUCAGAGGCUGCAUCCCAAGGGCAAAGGAAAAGCAGGACGCUUGAACAGGCGGCGCUCGAACUUCUGAGCGCGGCUUGUGUGGACAAAGCAUGUCGAGAAGCAAUUGACAGAUACUGUUCUCCCUGGCUUCGUGACCUCACAGAAGAGCGCGAUGGCACGCACAAAGCCCUGUCGGCACUUGUGCUCGCCAAGAUCAACUCUGCUUCGCAGGAAGAGAUCACAUCUAAGUUGGCGGAUCUUGUGCUGGUGGGAGACGCAGAACGUGAGCAAGCGGUCGAAGGUCUUGCCUAUACAUCGCUGCAGCCCAAGAUCAAGGAAGAGAUUGCGUCAAAUCCACAACUCCUCAAGCGGCUUGUGGCAGCACUCAUCGAACGUCCAAGUGCUGCCUUUGGGUGUUUGACGGUCUUCUCAAACCUCACGACCUACCGACCUACACAGACUGCUGAGCAGAAAAAGAUGGCACAGCUCAAAGCCUAUGCCGCUUCGCAGAAACCAGAACCCGAUGACCCUCUCGACGAUGAUGCGCAUGUAACUGCGAGAGCCAAGAAGCUUCUCGACGUGGAUGUGGUGCCUGCUCUUGUGGCGUCUUGCAAACAGACUAGUUCCCCCUCAAAUAUUGCCAUGGUCGUGCGAACUCUACUGGCGUUAUCGAAAGAGCAAAAGCACCGGGCCAAGAUGGCUCAGCAAGGCGCCGUGCGACUGCUCCUACAGAUUCGAGAGCGAGUGGCAAAGACGGACAAGUCGACGGCAGAGGCAUCCGCUAUCGAACGACACGCAUCUCAUGCCCUUGCGCGGUUAUUGAUCUCCGUGAAUCCAUCACACGUAUUCUCGUCAAACCUAUCCGCCUCAUCAGCCGUGAGCGCUCUGUCACCGCUGCUUUCGAUUGAUUCCGACAGUGAGCAGAGAGACCUUCUGCCGACUUUCGAGGCCCUGUUAGCACUCACAAAUUUGGCGUCUACGGAGGACGACUCGGCCAAAGAGCUUCUAACACGCAACUCCUUCGCCACACUCGAAGACUUGCUGUUUUCCUCCAACACCCUUGUGCAACGCGCGAGUGUCGAACUUGUAUGCAACCUCAUGGCUUCUCCGUCCGGAGUCGCCAAAUUCGCAGAUGGCUCCAACGAUGCGAAACGUCGCAUGCAAAUCUUACUUGCUCUCGCCGAUGUCGAGGACCUGGCGACUCGACGCGCAGCAGGUGGUGCGUUGGCGAUGCUCACCGAGUGGGACGCCGCGGUAACGGCGAUACUGGACAAGGAAAGAGGUGUUGGUGUGCUGCUAAGCAUGUGCGAGGAUGAUAGCGACGAGAUGCGGCACAGAGGAUUCGCAUGCGUCUUGAACGUCGCAAGUGCACCUGGAGAUGUUGGUGCCAGGGGAAUCAAGGCUGUCAAAGAUGCGAACGGAGCUGAGGCCCUGAAGGAGGCUCUUCGCAGGACGAAGAACCAGGAAGUGUUGGGACUCGGGGUUGAGGUCCUCAAAAAGUUGCAAUGA